AUGCCUGGCUCUCUAUCUCUCUUCUCCGUGAACGCGGUUCUCGUCAUGUCCGCGGACGACGGGUCCCGCGCCAACCCCUACCCUACCGUCAAGGAGCAGAAGGCGUUCGAGAAGGGCCUUCUCGAAAAGACCAACAAGUCCACCAGCGAUGUGAUCUUGUACGACAAUCGCAUUGUGGUUUUCAAGAUGGAGAGCGACGUGAUGCUCUACGUGGUGGGAAGCGCCGAGGAGAACGAGGUCUUGUUGUACAACGUGGUUCUGUCCAUGCGGGAUGCUAUGGGAAUUUUGUUCAAGGGUGCCACCGACAAGCGUACAAUCGUCGAGAACUACGACCUUGUUUCCCUUACUAUCGACGAGAUCAUCGAUGACGGAAUCAUCCUCGAGACCGACCCAGUCACGAUCGCCUCGCGCGUCAGCCGCGCCCCCGCCGCCGAUGCGCCCAACAUGAAGAACAUCGACCUCUCCGAGCAGGGUCUGAUGAAUGCGUGGGAGUUCGGCAAGCGCCGUCUCGCCGAGGGCUUGCGGCAGAUGUAG